AUGCACAUCUAUUCUUUAGGAAUGACCCUGUACUGGUCAGCAGGGUUUCAUGUUCCACAAAAUGAGCCCCUGCAGCUCCAGGAGCCCUUGCACUCUCUCCUGCUGACCAUGUGUGAAGAGCAGCCUGGCAGGAGACUGCCACUGCAGUUGGUUCUGGAAGCCUGCUGGGUUCAUCAGGAAGAAAGGGCUGUACACCCUGCCUCAGACAGUGUCCAUAUCAGAUGGCUGGUUGGCUUGCUUCUGGGCACCCUAUCCAAGGUGGAAAGGAUAGUUGUGAAAGAAAGCUCCUCUGCAGAGCAGUACAGGAGCUACCUGCUCAGGAGUAGGUUGCACCAGAUGAGCUGUGAACCAACAGCAUGGACCCUGGAGGGUCUGCAUCCCUGCAGUGUUUCAGAGAGAAGCACAGAGAUCCAGAGUUCUCUGCAGCCCAGUCCAAGCACCUCAACACAUAGUCACUGUAACCUCUCUAACAGUGCUCUUCCAGCUGAAGCCUUCCAGGACCUUCAGGAGGGCAGGUAGCCCUGCUCCAGAUCCCCUAUCUCUGUGGCAGUGCAUAGCUCAUGGCCAGAAACUCCUUCUCAAAAGUGUUUCCUGCAAAGAAAGGGAAAGUUCUCCAGGCCAGAGUUUACCCUGCUGGCUGGAGAAGCCCCGGUGACUUUGCAUCUGCCUGGAUCAAUUGUGACCAAAAAAGGGAAAUCCUGUUUGACUCUUAGGGACCUCUAUGUGGUGCUGCUGAGUGGGCAAUGUCUGGAGGUGAAAUGUGACAUCACGUCCACAGUGGGGGUCAUCUACAAUGCUGUCAUAUCCUUUGCCAAUUUGGGGGAGCUGACCCACUUUGGCUUGGCUUACAUGAAAGACAAAGAGUUCUUCUUCCUGGCCAAUGAAAUCAGUUUGUGCAAAAUAGCCCCUAAGGGGUGGAGUAAGCAACCACAGAAGACCUCCUGGAGUGCCUUCAUACUCUUCCUGAGGAUCAAGUUCUUUGUCAGUCACAAUGGGCUGCUCCAGCAGAGCUAGACAAGACAUCAAUUUCCCCUGUAGCUUCAGAAAGACAUCCUGGAGGAGAAGCUGUACUGAAAUGAUGAGAUACUGCUGCAUCUGGAAGUCCUGGCUCUGCAGGUUAAGUUUGGCAGUUACCCUGAGGAGCAGAUAGAAACCAAAGCCUAUUUCCACAUUGAAGAUUACAUCCUAGCAAGUCUGAUUGAGAAGAUGACUGCUCUCAGGGUCCAGGCCCAAAUCUCAAAGAUGCACCACCUCAGUCCUGUGCUCUGGGGACAGGAGGCUGAGCUGGAGUUCUUGAAGGUCACUCAGCAGCUCCUGGAAUACGGUGUCUUGGUCCACCAAGUUCUUCCAGAGAAGACAAGGCUUGAAGGGGAAGUGGCCUUGGGGAUCUGUGCCAAGGGUCUCAUAAUAUAUGAAGUGAAAAACAAUAGCAGGAUUGCAACUUUACAAUUUCAGUGGAGAGAAGUUGGAAAGAUUUCAAUUUAUCAAAAGAAGUUCACCAUCACAAAUAGCAUCACUGGAGAAAAGCACACAUUUGUCACUGAUUCUACCAAGAUCUGUAAAUGUUUACUGAGCCUGUGCUCUGCCCAAUGUGGCUGUAAUGCUCAAAUGAAUGCUCCCUGAGUUGCAACUGUUAUAUUUGACUAUGGUAAGUGUGUGCAAAUGGCCAAUUUGUGUCUUGCACACCUGGCCCAGUCCAAGCCUCUCACUUGGAUUCAGACAAUGUCAUGCUCAGAAAGUGCAUUGUUCAUGCCCAGGCUGGAAGACCCUGCAGGAGGACUGCUGUGCACAUCCCUGGAAAAUGUCACUAUGGACACCUGCAGGGAGACAGGAGCACUAGAAAUCGAAAGCAGGUGCACUGGCUGGGAGCAACAAAAGAACAUCUGUUUGAUCCAGAAACCAAUGACUUUUGACCCUCUUCCUGGGCUGCCUACCCAGAGUGUGUGCACAGGGAUGAAAAACAAUAAUAGAAUGAGUUUCACAGCUGAAAUGGAUCAAGAAAUCAUGCAUGUGACACUGAACCGAGAUCCAUGUUAUGGUUUUGGUUUUGUCAUUAAGGAGGGAGAAGAUGUAGGCAAAGUUGACCCUGGCAUCUUUAUAUCCUCAAUUAUACCUGGAGGACCAGCUGAAAAGGCUAAAAAGAUCAAAUCAGAAGGGCAGAUACUAGCCUUGAAUCACAUCAGUCUGGAGGGCUUCACAUUGGACAUGGCUGUUAGAAUGAUUCAGAAUUCUCCUUACUACAUAGAAUUAAUCAUUUCUCAGUCAAAAGGUGGGAUACUUGAGGAACAGAGAGGAAAAGAACAUGCCCAUGGUCUAUCAGGGAGUCAGCAGCAGAGCUUAGAUUCAAAUCUGGGGAGGAGACACCAGAGCAGAAACCUUCACCCUGGACUGCACUUUGGAAGACACCCUUCUCAGGGUGUUGGUUCUUCUUGUUCUCCAUCACUUUCAGAAACCAAUGCCAGUGGAAUUUGCUUUGUGGAACUGGUUAAAGAAGAUGGGACACUUGGAUUCAGCAUAACUGGUGGCAUUAACACAGGUGUGCCCUAUGGAGGGAUAUACAUGAAAUCCAUCAUUCCUAGAGGACCAGCUGCCAAGGAAGGGCAGAUCCUGCAGGGAGACAGGCUCCUGCAGGUUGAUGGAAUGAGUCUGUGUGGCCUCACCCACAAGCAAGCUGUGCUGUGCCUUAAGGGCUCCAGGCAGGUUGCAAGACUGGUGUUAGAGAGAAGAGGCUUGAGGACUGCACAGCAGUAUCGUUCUGUUAAUAAUGGGAUAGGAAUUGAAUGCACGGCUGUUUCCUUGGCAACAGCCUUGCCUGGCAAGCCUGCAAGCUGUGUCUCAGGACAGAUGAUGAGAGGAGAGAGAAUUGUUACUAUUUUGAAAUGGAUUUAUUCAUUCACAUCCUACAACACAAGUCCACAAUUUGAAGUCAAACUGAAAAAGAAUGCCAGUGGUUUGGGAUUCAGUUUUGUGCAGAUGGAGAGAGAGAUUUGCAGCCACCUCAAAAAUGAUCUUUUGAGGAUGAAGCAGCUCUUCCCAGGACAGCCAGCUGAGGAGAAGGGGGCCAUUGCAGCUGGUGACAUUAUUCUGGCUGUGAAUGGAAAGCCCACAGAAGGCCUUGUCUGCCAGGAAAUACCAGAGGAAAAGUUGUCCUCUGUCCUGGAAAAUAGUUCCACCUGGGAGAACCCAGAAGAGCUUGGUGGGAUGGCUUGGGAUCAAGAAUUUGCCAAGGCAACAUGCACUGACUCAGAGCAGAGCCCCAGCCUAGAUCAAGAGGACAGCUGGAGGGACAGUGCCUCCCCAGUAGGGGAAGGCCUGGAUUUCAGGCCAGAGUCUUGGCAACAGGCCACCAGAGAGGCACAAUGGGACCAAGACAUAAAGAGACCCUGGGCUACUUCCUUGAUGCGUCCUGGGGAUUCCAACCCUCAUUUAUGCAGACAGCAACAGGAAGUAGAGGCUGAGGCAUUGCCUACCUCUUUGGAAAAGGAUAUGAGGCAAAAUUGCUAUUCAGUCUGUGACAUCAGAAGACUGGGUAAGACUCACCACAUUGCAGAUAUUUUGUAA